CAGCAGCAGCAGCAGCAGCAGGGGCAGGGCCAGAUCCCAUCCUUGCCAGUACAGCAGCAACACCCGUUCAUGCACGGUGCCGGGGGAUCGCCAUCAUCACAUCCCAUCUCGCAGCAGCACUCGCACUUCAACACACAUAUACCAGCACCGAUGCCAAUAGAGAGCCGGUCGGGGAACUCGAGUCCCGCCGGAGGAGGUCACCAUCCACGCGCAAUGUCGCUUUCCCUUUCUCCGACUAACCCAUUCCUGUUGGGUGCCGCAAAGGAGGCAUCCGCUCUCUCCCACGCGGAGCUGUGGGGAACUGUGGGAGCGGGCUCCCUCCAACCGCAGCAGCAGCACGAAGGGACGGCAGUAGGGAGUGCAUACCGAUCGUCAGCAGGGCAGCCAUGGUACGCUGCUGCCUCGAACGCGGCGACCUCUCCGGUCUCGCCAGUGUCGCCUUCCGCUGCGAGCCCAUUUUAUUCUUACGCGGAGCCGACCCAAUCAUCGUCAUUCUCCAACUCGCCCAUGAUGUCUCCUCCAAUACAUGCGCAGGAGUUUGAUCCUUUCGCAGACCCCCAGAACGCCGUACCAGCUGUUAGCGCGUCUCGACCUCAACCCCCUAUACAACACGCCGCAACCGAGAAGCGUCGGCCGUCUCCUUUACCACCAUCACGACUGCGAGAUUCGCCGAUCGGCGGGGAGAUCCCCCUAAACGCACAGAGACGGGCGACCGUGGCGGAGUUGGGGCUCAUGCAGCGGCCAGGAUCUGGCGUUUCCUCGCGAGCGAGCAGUCCGACCGUUCAUAGUCAUAGUGUAGCUGAAAUCUUAGACGGGCCGCAUGGAAUCGAUGGGACUUCCGAGGCCCCUGCCUUGCCCGGGGUGAAGCAACUCACACGUGCGUUUAAUGAGCUGAAUCCGGCGAAUGGUGUCAUGGGAGGAGGGGGCAAUGCAAACACCACACCCACGGUUCCGUCACCAAAGCCAUUGGUGUCGGGGAACUCGUUUCCGGGGUGGGUCACUUUUGCGCAGGACACCGGAGGCUAUUCACCAGGAAGCAUAGGGACACCCAUUGCCUCCCUUCCAACCCAUCCGCCGCUAAGACAAGAGUACUCGGCGGGAAACGUAGUCAUCUCCCCGCCCUCUCCUGCUAUUCCAUCCGUCGACACUUUACGCGGCGGGACAACCCGCCACAUGUCCGCGCUUGAGAUGGGCACCACCGGACUGGGGGAGCAGGCUCCCAAUGGUGGACUGCUCCCUUCACAUUCAUCAAGGCCGGGCGCUGCUGCACCGCCGCUGGGAUACUCCAUGUCGGCAGGUGCGUUGCUGCCGCAGCCGGCAUUGCCACCUCGUCUGUCGCCUCGGAGGUCGCCACUUUCUGGAACUCCGCUCGGUCGGCGGUCCGCUACUGCUUCGCUUAGCUCCCUAGAUCUGUCAGGGUCGGCGGCGGCGUUGGGAACGUCUGCAAUUAGGUUAUCGGAGUCUGCGCUGAAUCGCCGGGAUGAGGACGGACGGGCUGCGGCAGAGGAUGAUGAAAGCAAGCGAAUCAGUACCGCCUCUGAUCCGUUCGGCGAUGAGCACGAUCUAGGGUAUUCGGCACCAAACAGCGACGACGAGACCUACGCGGCGGACAAAAUAGGGAUUCCAAGAAAGUCUAAAACAGUGCAGGAACAUCCGAAGCCGCGUUCACAGUUGCCAGGUGGCUCCAUGAGCGCGGGCAAAGCAAGGUCCGUCCAGUCCCUCGCUCAAGGUUUUGCCUCGCAAAGCAACCUAGGCCAAUCCGGGCUCGACGUUCUUGGCCCACCUGCACAACCACGAACCCCGAAACUCGUGAAACCGGCCUUCCCGCCACCGCCAAUACCAACAUCGCCGAGCGCUGCGUCGUUUGCCCAGCUGCCCAUAGGUGGGGCGUUGGCUCUGAAACCGCAUACUGACCCGGCAGCGGCGUCUUCCCGAUCGUCGCAUACGGACCUGCAUCGGUCAUCUCCGGCCAGCAGCCCGCUACGGCCGCCAUUACCGCCUCGCCCUAUCUCGCCCUCUCUCCGACCACAACCCGUCCUGUCCUCGCCACAAACAGGCGUCCUCCUAGAAGACUUUGCACCGGCCGUGCCCGCCCGCCCCGUCGCCCGCGCAGUCGAGGAAGCAUUACAAGAAUACGCCGCAUUGUCCGGAGGCCAGUCCAUGGCAACCAUCCCCGACACAGGCCUACCCACCAGCGCUGGCCCAGGCGGGCUCGAAGACCGCUUCGCCGGCCUCCGCCGCGAGAAGCUCUACUCCCCCGACUCAGUCGGCACGAACCGCCGCCUCCCCGUCGCAGAAGGCCUCCCGAACGCCGACGUCUACCUCAAACACAACGUGCGCUGUUUCGCCGUCUCCGGAUUCUACGCGUGCACCGGCGGCGACAAGAACGUACGCGUGUGGUAUAUCCCCACCGGCGACAACGUCCGCGCCGUGCUGGUUGGCGAGAACGCGAAGAUAUCGGCUAUGGCGUAUGUCCCCACCCGCUAUGUCGAGGACGAGGGGCGGUUCCUGUGGGUGUCCCUCGAGAAGGGGGAUAUGAUUGAGAUCGACGUGUCUUCGGGUGAGAUUGUUGAUCGCAAGACGCCGCAUUCGUCGGUUGUUACGCAUAUCUUGCGAUACAGGGGGCAGAUGUGGACGUUGGAUGAGAAUGGCGGGUUGAAGAUGUGGGCGGAGGAUCCGGGGAAGCAGCGUGUGGCGUUCUCGUCACGGCCGAGGAGCGUAAGGGUUGCUGCUAAACAGACACUCGCGUUUCCGGUUAACAACCAUCUAUGGACGGCGGCGGGGAAGCUUAUUGAGGUGUACCUCCCCGGCGCGGACGUGGCCACCGCAGGAAUCCCCGCCGGGGCCACCUCAUCCUACUUCAAGCAACGCUUCGAUCUGUCCGUCACAGUCGGGAUCGGCAACAUCAACUGUUUCGCCACAACCCGCGCCGAAACCACCGUCUUCUCCGGCCACGAUGACGGCAAAGUCCUCGUCUGGGACGCUGUAACACUCACCAAGAAACGCAUCGUCAACGUCGGCAUGUACCCCGUCACCGCCCUCCUCGGCAUCGGCGACAAGUACCUCUGGGCCGGCCACUCCACGGGCAAGAUCCACGUCUACGACAUCGAGAAGGUCGACGGUGACUGGACCGCCAUCAAGGAGUUCCAGGCGUACCACUCCGCGGCCGUCGACGCCUUAGUCAUGGACGAACGCUCCGUCUUCCUCGCGUCAAGAUUACAAGUUGCCAGUUUCUCCCACCACGGCCAGAUCCGCAUGUGGGACGGGUUCCUCUCCCGCGACUGGCUCGAGAACCAGUUGCGCCUCCGUGAAUCCGAAUGGUGCACUUACCGUGAUCUCAAACUCCUCGUGUGCAGCUGGAACCUCGACGCGUCGAAACCUUCGGAAUUGGACGAAAGCAGGAACGCGGAGGACAAUACCUUCCUCGUCCGCUGGCUUGGCUCCACCGAAAACCCCGAUAUCAUCGUCGUCGGGUUCCAGGAACUCGUUGACCUUGAAAGUAAAAAAGUCACAGCGAAACAGUUACUGAAAGGCACGAAGAAGUCCCAGCAGAGUCAUAUGGACCACCGGUUUAAGAUGUGGCGGGAGGCGCUGAUUAAGGGGGUUCGGGAUGCGCAUCCGAAGGCGGGGUAUAGGUUGUUAGAGUGUAGGCAGCUGGUGGGGCUGUUUCAGUGUGUGUUUAUUAGGGAGAGUGAGGGGGCCAAGUUGAAGGAUGUGGCGGUCGAUAUGGUGAAGACGGGGUUGAAGGGGUAUCAUGGGAAUAAGGGCGGCAUAACAACCCGCUUCGUCCUCGACGACAGCUCCUUCUGCUUCGUCAACACCCACCUCGCCGCGCACCAAAACCAAGUCUCCGCCCGCAACAACGAUGUCGCCACCAUCCUCAAAGACGCGCAUUUCCCGCCCCGUCCAGCCUACGAAGGCAUCUUCAUCGGCGGUGGCGACGGGUCCAUGGUCCUCGACCACGAGAACGUGUUCUGGAGCGGGGACCUCAACUACCGCAUUGACUUGGCCCGCGAGCGCGUGAUUGAGCUGGUUGCGCAAGGUGAUUGGAUUACCCUGCAGGAUCAGGACCAGUUGUUGAAUCAGAUGAAGAUCAAUCCGGCGUUUGGGCUGAGGGGCUUUUUUGAGGGGCCCUUGGACUUUGCGCCGACGUUUAAGUAUGAUGUGGGGACGGAUCGGUAUGAUACGUCGGAGAAGAGGAGGGUGCCGAGUUGGUGCGAUCGGGUCCUCUACUCCAGCCCACACGCACGUCUCCUCCACUACACACGCCACGAGGCCCAACUCUCCGACCACCGCCCCAUUUCCGCCUCCUUCACCGUCCGCGUCAAAUCCGUGAACCCGCACGCCUUCCGACCCGUCAAAACCGACAUGGAGACCCGGAUGACCACCUACCUCCAACACGAGAUCGACACCGAGAAGGUGCGCUGGCUGGCCAACGUAUCCGGUGUCGCCGCGGAAGAGGCCCGCCGCGUGCUGGAUGUGACUGCUGGGGAUUUGAGGAGCGCGAGGGACUGGCUGGCGGCGAAUCCGGGCCAGGUGCAACAGUGCGUGCCGCCUAUGCAUCCGCCGCCGCGGUUGCCGCAUGCCCAGUCGGCGCUCAUGUCCCCCGGUGCUUAUGAUGUCGGAUCGCCGUCUGCCCAACAGCAGUAUCAGCGCUGACCCUGUCGGCACAAACGACCAACCAAUUUUGUUAACCCCCCUUAUAUACCAAUGGGUCCCACUGACACAUAAACACUAUUGCGGAUGCUCGUUUGUGUCGUAAUUGUAUAUAAACGUAUAGUAGCACCUUACCACCACCACCCCGAUAUUCCGGUAUCCCCUGUACAUAAUACCUACAUGGCCUUUGUCACCUCAUAUCAGUUCCUCUUGACGAGG